UUUCUUUUCCAGUUAUAUCAUUUACAACAUCCUAACAUAGCGAGGUUCAUUGGAGUUGUGAUUGAGCCCGGUAACAACAACAUUUUGAUGGAGUACUGCCCCAGAGGAAGUUUACAGGAUAUCAUAGAAAACGAUGACAUUGACUUAGAUUGGUCUUUCCGAUACUCCAUUAUAUGGGACAUCCUUAAAGGGUUGGAGUAUAUUCACUCGAGCCCGAUUCGUUACCAUGGACGCCUAAGUGGGACUAACUGCGUCAUUGACAGCAGGUUUAUGUUGAAGCUGACAGACUUCGGUCUGAACUCUAUUUAUGAUAUGGAAAGACGUGAACAACUUCAGGACAAGGCAUCAUUUAACAUGAAUAAGCUUCUGUGGACUGCGCCAGAGUUGCUGAGGCGACUCUUCAAUCAAACUAAGGAUAUCAACUACCAAAAGGCAGAUAUAUACAGCUUUGGCAUCACGCUUCAAGAAAUAGUAGUUCGGGGUGCUCCUUUUGAAGGCAGUGACCUGACAUCAUCAGAAAUUAUAGAGAAGGUGAUGGGUGCACCAGGUACUCUGGGACCUUUUAGGCCAAAUGUUUCCGAAAUGGACUGUAGUCCCGAAAUUAGGUCGUUACUGCAGCAAUGCUGGUCAGAAUCUCCUGAUGAUCGACCUAACUUAAACGAUAUUUUUUAUUCCCUGAAGAAAAUGAACGUAAAUCAAAAAGGAAAUAUUAUGGAUAACCUAAUGAGAAGAAUGGAACAAUACGCCAAUAAUCUGGAGAGCAUCGUAACAGAAAGAACCAAGGCGUACAUCGAAGAAAAACGAAAAGCAGAGGAUCUUCUUUGUAGACUGUUACCCCCGUCAGUAGCCAAACAACUUGAGUCUGGAAACUGCGUUGAUCCAGAAACUUUUGAAAUGGUGACCAUUUACUUCAGUGAUAUUGUAGGGUUCACGACCCUGGCCUCGCGUAGUACACCAUUAGAGGUUGUGGCUAUGUUGAAUGGUUUAUACACAUGUUUUGACACGAUAAUCAACCAUUUUGACGUCUAUAAGGUAGAAACAAUAGGGGAUGCGUAUAUGGUUGUAUCAGGACUUCCGGUUAGAAAUGGACAAAGACAUGCUAUGGAAAUUGCCAAUAUGUCACUGAGCAUCCUGAAAGCUGUUCAAGAAUUCAAAAUCAAACAUAUACCAGAGGAAAAGUUAAUGAUUAGAAUUGGUAUAAAUUCUGGGCCUGUCGUGGCUGGGGUUGUCGGUAUUGCAAUGCCAAGGUAUUGUUUGUUUGGGGAUACCGUUAACACUGCCUCAAGAAUGGAGUCCACAUCUUUUGCUGGAAAAAUCCAAAUAUCUGAUUCCUCGAAACAGCUCUUGGAUCAGUUUGGAAUGUAUGAUGUGAAUUGUCGUGGAGAAAUUCCAAUAAAGGGUAAAGGAAUGAUGAUAACUUACUGGCUAGAGGGUGCCACUCUGGAUUCCAGUAAGAGCUGACAAUCACUGAAGGGCAUUGGCCCAUCCCCCUCUCGCGAGAUCUGCCGGAAACGAGUAUCCUGCGUGACGUCAUCAGCCGAGGUGCUUCGUGCAGUGAGAUACAACGAAUUGGAUGUCUGAAAUACUGAAACAUAAUCAAAUUACCCAUCUUAAUCUAAAAAACAUAUAUAUGAAGUCGAUUUAUUUUGGAUUUAAGAUACCUUUUUAUUUAUUUUCAUAUCAAAAUUGAUGCAUGCAUUUGUCUUAUACCUAAUUAUCGGUAGUGUGCAGAUUACAUGUACGCAUUAUUGACAAGGUUUCAACAAAAUUUGUGUUUCCACAAUCAACUAUUUUUCUUCAUACUGAAUUUAAAAGUUUCUUUUUUAGUGUGCUCAAGUAGAAAUAAGAAUUGUUUCUCAUCAUAUAUGUAUAGUCACAUUAGCAACGAGGAAAAAUAGGAUCUUAAGACUAAUUACAUGUAUGUUUUGUAUGUGAUUUUUUGAAUUUUGAUUGAUGGAACAUUGUAAAUA